GCCGGAAUUUUGACCCGCACCUUUCCACCUACCCGCCACUGUCACUACCACCAUCUUUGCAUUGAGCUCAGCCACCUCUAACGCUAGCAUCAGAUCCCUCAUUCGUCUUCUUAAAGUUGAUAAAAACUACAAAAGUUUUUCUAUUUUCAAAAUAAAUAGCAAAACAGGACAUAAAAUUCGAUCUCUUUCUUCCUUCCUUUUGCUUAAAAUUUAAUGCCCAUGUCUCAGAUGCGUUUGAUUCUGAUUGUUAAUUUGCUUUUGUUGCUGAGCUCUAAAGCGGCGUCGUUUCUUCCGGGAUCCCGUUCGAUCCUUCGAGAAUUAAGCAACGACAACGCCGUGAAGGCAGAUUAUGCCAUCGAUUUUAACAUCACCAACUUCGAUGCAGUUCUUAGAGACACUUCUGCUACUUUUGCCAUUGUCGAAUUCUUCGCCCGCUGGUGCCCUGCUUGCAGAAAUUAUAAGCCCCAUUAUGAAAAAGUUGCAAGGCUUUUCAAUGGACCUGAUGCAGUGCAUCCUGGUAUUGUAUUGAUGACAAGGGUGGAUUGUGCAUUGAAGAUAAAUAAUGAACUUUGUGAUAGAUUUUCCGUGACUCAUUAUCCCAUGCUAUUCUGGGGUCCACCUGCCAAAUUUGUAUCUGGUGGUUGGAAACCCAAACAAGAGAAAAGUGUAAUUCGUGUAAUCGAUGAUGGACGAACAGCUGAACAUUUGCUUAAUUGGAUCAAUAAGCAAUUAGGCAGCUCAUAUAAUUUGGAUGAUGAGAAGUUUGAAAAUGAGCAUCUUCCAUCAAAUAUAUCAGACCCUGGAGAGAUUGCACGUGCUGUCUAUGAUGUUGAGGAGGCAACGACCAUUGCUUUUGAAAUUAUAUUUGAACUCAAGAUGAUAAGAUCAGAAACUCGGGCUUCACUUAUUAAAUUCCUUCAGCUUUUAGUGGCACAUCAUCCUUCCAAAAGGUGCCGGAAGGGAAGUGCAGAAGUGCUAGUAAACUUUGAUGACUUGUGCCCACCAAAUGAAAAACAAGAAAUUGUUAGCAAUGGCAAGAGUGUGCUGGGGCAUUUCCAGAUUUGUGGGAAGGAAGUUCCUUUGGGAUAUUGGAUGUUUUGCCGUGGUAGCAAGAACGAUACUAGGGGCUUUAGUUGUGGAUUAUGGGUUCUUGUGCAUUCAUUGUCUGUAAGAAUUGAGGAUGCAGAGAGCCAGUUUGCCUUCACUGCUGUAUGUGAUUUUAUCCACAAUUUUUUUAUUUGUGAGGAGUGUCGCCAACAUUUCUAUCAUAUGUGUUCAAGCGUCAGAAGUCCUUUCAACACAUCUCGUGACUUUGCCCUUUGGUUGUGGAAUGCACAUAAUAUGGUAAAUGAGAGAUUAAUGAAGGAAGAAGCAUCUCUUGGAACUGGUGACCCUAAGUUCCCAAAGAUUAUUUGGCCUCCAAAGCAGCUAUGCUCUUCGUGUUAUCUCUCUCAUGGCCGGAGAAAUGAUGGAACCAAUCAGAUUGAUUGGGAUAUGGACGAGGUAUACAAGUUCUUAACUAAUUAUUAUGGAAAAGCACUUGCAUCUCUGUACAAGGACAAGGAUCUUCUUGGGAGUGAAGCGAUUGACGGGACUAUUGAAGAUUUGGUGGCCUCAACAAAUGCAGUAGUUGUGCCAGUAGGGGCUGCAUUGGCAAUUGCUCUUGCUAGCUGUGCAUUUGGAGCACUUGCUUGUUAUUGGCGUUCACAACAGAAGAGUCAGAAGUAUUACCACCAACUACACUCUUUAAAGAACAUAUGAUAUUUAGGAGGGCAGUGCGCUUUUUCAAAAAUUAUAAUGAGUUAUAACAGAAAAAGGAAAGAAAAAAGAAAGAGAGAGAAAAAAGAGAUUUUAAUAGUUAAGGUAAAUUUUUUUUCUUAUUUGCCGAGGAGGAAGCCGGAAGUCAGAUAGUUAGAAGGACCAAACCAUACACAGCCAUUAAGCUGCUUAGUCGAGUGAAAUCAGGCUCUGAUAGGAAUCCAGAUUACAUAAUCACUGACCUGCUUUGAGGUCCUCUUCUGUACCCUCUUUUCAAAAUUUUCCUUCUCAACAUAUGCUUUGGAUUGUAUAGAUUAAUGUCAUAUUUGUAAUUUUGGAAAAGAAUUUUUCUUGCCCUUUUCAUUUUGUAUACUUCUUAUA